CCCCGGUCCAUUUUCCUGAACACCCCCACCCCCGUUUUUAGGUAAACUCACUCAAUCUGCGGACACAAGCGGCCACCUAGGGCAGGAUGGAGCCGACGAGUUCUUCAGGAGCCGACGAGAGGCAGGGGUCAGGAUCGGUGGGGGUGCAAGUGGCUGCGGCGGCGCUUCAGCGGUCGGAGGUGUUCCACGUCGUGAAGGAACUGCUUGGCUUCGUUCUCUACAUGCACCACCAGAUCCCCUCGGUGUUGCAGAGUCUUGAAACUGAAUUUGCAGGUUUAAAGGAGGAAAUGUCGGAAAUGACAGCACCAUCAGCAGAAAUGAAACCUUCUGAUCAGAGAAAGUACAACACACGAAAAAGGGAGGUUAGAUGCAGAAUCAAGAAGCAGGAAAAGUUAAUGAAAGGCAUCUCUACCGUACUUUCUGCUUUUCAGCAAGCACUUGAUAAAGUUUCUACCAUUGAAGGAGUUGCCCUGAUCCUGGGAGGGAGUCUUGUACGACCUUUGUUUGUCUAUGACAUUACAGUUACUCAUGGUAGGUUUGGUUCUGGAAGUGCCAAAGGGCAUGGUACAACAAAGUUAGCUCAGUCUGUUUCCCGAAAGGCCGUCCGAGCUCUUAUAUCAUGUGGUGCAGGGAGUUUAUCUUACACAGGCCCCACCAAGCUGUUUCUACUGAUCAGAUGUCCCUGCACGAUGAACUUACCCCUGGAUUUCUCUCCAAAACGGGAUUUCCGUUACAGUAAGAAGGUUGUACCGCAGCAAAUGUCUAUAAAAUGCAAUACAGCAGACUACCGAAAGAAUAAUAAGCAUGUUGCAUCAAUCGUGGAUGCGUCAUGUUGUACUUCAGAAUCUUCUCCGUCAGAUGUUAUCUGAGGUAGAUCCUUUGAAGUUGAAACACUACGGACACCUGGGCAAUGAACCUUGAAGUAUAUAUUGAUUUGUUACGCUGUUAAAUUGUUAUCAAAGUGCUGAAACCUGUAUUGGUGCUUGAGCUGCAAGCUACAGAACCUAUUCUUUCUAACUGCAGUCAAGCCUAUUGAGUAAAUCCGUAUCAUCUUGUUAUAGGUUCCAGUGCAAGCACAUGAUAAGAGGCUUACCAUGCAAGGCGUCAUUAGAAGGAUGAUGAUCCGCUCAUUUUCAUUGUCCGACAUCAUGUAUGUUACAAUUGGAAAAUGCUGUAGCGAGGUGAACACCGAUCCUGACCUGUAAAUGCUCACUGAGGAUCAGCAUUCUUCAAUCUUAAAUUGGCCCUCCCCCCUUCUCUGUAAAUUUUCACUAAGGAUAUGCAUUCUUCAAUCUUAAA